AUGCGAAAAGUAGAUUUAGAUGAUAUUUUAUAUGAACUUAGUGGAAUUAAAAAUAAUCGAAAAAAUAAAAAACAUCAGUUCUUUAUUACUAAUAAUGCCUAUUAUUGUAUUGAGAUCAAUGCUCAUCAACUAAUGUAUCUUGCCUUAUUAGUAACAGAAAAAAAGUUACCACCAGAAGCAAUGAAUAUUUACUUAUUUAGUUCUCAAACCUGUGAGGGUAUGUUUCGCUCUGCCCGCUCCAUGUCAGGAACAUUUUCGUCUGUUGUAAAUUUUACUGUACAAGAAUUUCUUAAUCGUGCACAGAAACUUUCUCUCUUAAAUAAAAUCAAAACUGAGAGUGAAUUUUUCUCAAUGAAUGGUGCUCUUGUUUUUCCAAAACAUUAUAAACAAGGAAAAAAAAUUAAAAAAACAAAUAAUAUAAUUUCAAAUCAUAAUACAUUCAAUGUCGAUAUAAUUACAAAUACAGUUUUACAAGCAUUUAAUGAUGCUACUAACUUAAUACAUGGUUUUAAAAUUAAAAAUUUUCUUGAUGAAAAGAAGAUUAUAAAUAUGAAACAACUUAACUGCUAUAUUCACAACAUCCUAACACAAAGAAUAAAUAUUAUGGAUUAUUCUGACUUGUACGAAUCAAAAGAUGAAACAUCAGAUUCGGAAGAUGAAUUAGAUAUUGUUCUCGAUUCAGAAAGUGACGUUGAAAGUGAAGAUCAACAAGAUGAAACAUCAUGUAUCUCGUCAAAUGAAAUCUUAAAUGAUUUAGAUGGAAUUAAGUUCUCUGGAAUGCGAGUAUUCGACACAGUUCGACCCGAGUUGGCAAAAUCUUUUUUUGAAGUUGAAAUAGGUGAUGAAGAACAACAAUAG